AAUAUGGUUUCAUCUUUCUAGCCUGUUUUCGCCCCAAUGCUACAAGGUAACCCUCGCAUGAUGACAUCUGGUAGUCACCCCCAAGCUUUGGUUUCUUCUUCUAAUGCUCAGUACAAUCCCUCAGAGCAGCCAAAUCCGCAAACACUUUAUGCCACAGUUCACCAACCAUACUCUCACCAUGCAGCUCAGCUGCACCCACAACCAUCCAGCACGCCAACCCAGAAUCAACAGCAGCCCCAACAUGCCACACCCAGUCCUGUGCAGCACCAGGGUGGCCAGCCCCCCCACAUGGGCAGUGCUCAGCAACAACAGAAUUUGUACCAUACAGCCACCCUAACGGCAACACCACCCUCCAUGACCCCUGGUCCUACUGCACAGUCCCCACAGAGUAGCUACCCCCAGCAGGCUGUGUAUGCUAUCCAUGCCCAUCAACAGCUCCAACAUGGCUACACCAACAUGUCGCAUGUGGCUCAGGCACAUGUACAGAGUGGACUAACAGGAGCACCACCUCCUCAUCCUGGUGGCCCUCAUGCCCCACAUCCUGGUGCCCCUCACCCUCAGCAAGUCAUGCUUCUGCACCCCUCACAGACACAUGGAGGACCCCCACAGGGAACUGUACAACAAACAGGAGUAUCAGCCCCUUCACCAUACACUUAUAUAGGACAUCAUCAAGUUCAGUCUCAUCCAUCCCAGCCUCUUUCAUACCACCCUUCUGGUAAUUGAGCUUAGUCCUAAGCUGUGAAUUUCAGCUCUCCACACCAUCGUGAACCCACAACCAGCCAUGCCUCCGGUCUUCUCCUCUGCACUGUCCUGGAAACUGCCUGAGGCAGACAGAGGGGCCCUGCUGCCCCUCACAGACUUUUUUAAAAAGACAGAUCUGAGGGCUUCCAGUGGCAUAAAGUGUGGGCAUGGCUUCAGUUUUGGAGCUUGCCACCGUGCAUGGGAUUCCCAAGGAAGAGUGGAACCUGUUACCCCACAAUGGGGUUUUCAAGAUGUGGAUUCUGCAGCCAGAGGCAGCUUCUGUUCCUUUACCGGCAUUAUAAGGAGAACUUUAUUUUAUAUUUUCUUUCUGGGGAGGGCUUUUGGGCCCUCAUUUCUCCCUCUUUCAGAGACUGGAAAAAAGAUUUUAUUUUUUAUUUAUAACAAAAAUUAGGCAGUUCCAAGACAGAUUUUUUUUUUUUCUCCCCAGUCUCCUUUCCCACAUCAACUUCAAUGGACUACUUUUACUUUUUAUUGAAUAAAAUAUUUAAAAAGUACAAAAAAAUUUUAAAAUUCCCAAAAAAAUAAAAAAAUAAAGUUUUAAACUACAAA